AUGCACGAACUAGCAGCAUACGCCAAAUCGCAAGAAUCCAAGAUGCAGUACCACUACUUGGGACAAUCGGGACUUAAGGUCUCACAGAUCAUUCUAGGAGCCAUGUCCUACGGCUCCUCCAAGUGGCAAGAUUGGGUCCUGGACGAGGAACAAGCACUACCUUUACUCAAACACGCCUAUGACCGAGGCAUCAACACUUGGGACACUGCCGACGUCUACUCCAACGGCCGCAGUGAAGAAAUCAUCGGCACUGCAAUCACAAAAUACAACAUUCCUCGCCACCGCCUUGUUCUGCUCUCAAAAUGCUAUUUCGGCGUCACCGACGAAGACAAUUCUACCCAUCAACCAACAAUUCCAGAAAUGAUGAACAAUGAUGGGGACUUGGUGAAUAGGGUUGGGCUUUCGAGGAAGCAUAUCUUUGAUGCCGUGGAAGCUAGUGUUAAGAGAUUGGGUACUUAUAUUGAUGUUGCUGAUAACAAGCAACAGNNGCUACAAAUCCAUAGAUUGGAUAGAGGAGCACCCAAAAAGGAAAUCAUGCGUGCACUUAACGACGUCGUCGAAAAAGGAUGGGUCCGCUACAUUGGGGCCUCUUCAAUGGCAGCUUGGGAGUUUCAAGAACUGCAGAACAUCGCAGAAACCCACAAUUGGCACAAAUUCAUCAGCAUGCAAAACUACCACAACCUCCUCUAUCGCGAGGAAGAGCGCGAAAUGAUUCCUUACUGCAAAGCCACUGGUGUAGGCUUGAUCCCCUGGUCGCCUAUGGCCCGCGGUGUCCUCGCUCGCCCCUGGUCUUCCCGCUCCUCCAUCCGCGAAUCCUCGGACAACACUUUGAAAGCGCUGAUCCGCAGCAAGGAAACAGAAAUUGAUGAAAAGAUAGUCAAGAGAGUGGAGGAGGUUGCCAAGAGGAAGGGUGUCAGUAUGGCUGGUGUGGCGGUUGGGUGGAGUAUUGCCAAAGGCGAUAUUCCAAUCUUGGGGUUGAGUAGUAAGGAGAGGAUUGACGAGGCGUGUGAGAAUUGCAAGGUCAAGUUGAGUGACGAGGAGAUUGCAGAGUUGGAGGAGUUGUAUAUGCCAAAGGCCGUCUCUGGGUUCUAG